AAAUGAAGUUCAGGAGGACUUGAAAUUACAUUGAAAGUCGGAUAGAGAAACUCAAAAGUGAUCCCUUAAGGUCUCAUCAGACGGUGUCUCAGGACGAUCCUGAGCAGUAUCAGACUCUGACUCGUAGAAGAGAGCACUCUCUCAAGAGGAUAGAGAUGGCAAUGGACGAUAUAGAGAAACAAUAUAGCAAGAGAAAUGUUAUCAAAGAUUACAUUCAUCUGGAAGCCAGAAGUUUAUCAGAUUUGUCUAUUAAGAGAUUCCAAAAGCAUAAAAUAAUGAAAGAAUUACUCAAAGCAUUUCCUAAUCUCCAUCAGGAAAGGAAGCUGACCAGCUUGGAGAAAGGCAGAAUGACCUUGAAAGUCCUCAAUGACUGAUGUGACUCAGGUCAGAGAAGGUUUAAAAGCCCUCCGAAGAACUACUAUGCAACGAUAUCUCACCCAGUGAGCCAGAAUACUGAAGGGGAUAAGAAGGCAAGAUUCUUCAGAAGGAAUACUAUCGAGGUCAAGGAUAGUAACAUCCUAUCUCUGAAUGUAAACACUGGCAAGGGAAAGACAUCUCUUAGGGAAGCUCCAGUUGCACAAAUGUUCAAGAUCCAGAAUAGCAAGAGCAAGAAGACCCUCAAGAAAAUUCAUACCAGAAGGAUUGGAAAAGUGUGCAAAAAGUUAGCCCAAGGUAGCAAAAGCGCUAAUACCUCUAUUGCCAAGGACAGAGAGGUUCCUCAAAGAGAAAUUUUGAUCCAGGAAGGAGAUAAAGAGAAUCUUCAGUUCAAAAAGUUUGCCAAAGUGCAGCCUCAGAAAAACAAAAUUAGAAUAAAGAAGAGCAAAUCCAGGAGGUUUGUUAAGAAGAAUAGGAUUUAAGAGGAUAAUUUAUACAUUUUGACUCUCAUUACAGGUUGUUGUUAAUGUU